AUGAAUCGGAAGGCAACAAUUACUUUAAACGAGUCCGAGUCAAAGAUUCGUGAUUUGCUUGUGGGGUACUGCGAUCAUAUUCACGCACAAGGGGGUACACGUUUAACUUUAAGGAUUACUGGUGGAUGGGUUAGGGAUAAACUAUUAGGAUUUGAAAGUCAUGAUAUUGAUAUUGCUAUAGAUCAUCAAACUGGAGAGGAGUUUGUCAAAGGAUUGAGUCAUUACUUGAAAACCCACGACAACCCUGAACUUUCAAUGAAACAUAUUCAUACCAUCAAGCUGAAUCCGCUAAAGUCGAAACAUUUGGAAACAUGCACAACCAAAAUGUACGGUAUCGACUUGGAUUUUGUUAAUUUACGUUCAGAAGAGUAUACUGAGGAUAGCAGGGUUCCAGUGAUUGAGUUUGGAACGCCGGAGCAAGAUGCAAUGAGGAGAGAUGCCACUUUAAAUGCAUUGUUCUACAAUAUGAAUGAAAAGAAAAUUGAAGAUUUCACGGGAACGGGGUUGGAGGAUUUGAAAAAUGGGAUAUUGAGGACACCGUUGCCUCCUAUAAAAACGUUUUUGGAUGAUCCGUUACGCAUACUUAGGCUAAUUCGUUUUGCUAGCAAAUUCAAUUUCUUAAUAGAUCCAACAACUUUAGACGCAAUGAUGGAGUCUCACAACCAAAAAGCGCUCCUGACAAAGAUCAGCAAGGAGCGGAUCGAGAUUGAGUUGAGAAAAAUGCUUGUUAGCGAUAAUCCAAGUUACGGUUUAAAGUUGAUUCACCACUGUAAUCUUGUACACAGCUUAUUUUACCUUGAUGAGCUAGAAAAGGAGUUUGACAGAGAGGCAUUGGAAAGCUCGGUUAAAAGAAUCCCGCACCACUUGCAAGCUGCAAGUGCGAUUUUCCCUUACUACAAAAAGGCGAUAAACUCAUUUUCAUCGUUUAUCAAGUUCCCGCUCGACGACGAUUCAAAGUUUCGUUUUUGGCUCGCAAUGAUUUUACACCCAUAUUCGGUGAUUCCACGAGUUAAUAAUAAUAAAGACAUCUACGAUCAAUUCCUUCGCUUCGGUUUAAAGUGCAAAAAAAGCGAUAUUGCGAAAAUUUCCAAAAUAAACAUGACUGAUAAAAAGCCAAUUGAUAUGUUUUUUAAAGACCCAAGUAGCGUGAAAAGAUCAGAUUUGGGCAAGUACUUGAGAAACUUUCCCGAAUUUGCAGACCUCAACUUGUUGGUACAAUGCUUCAUUGAUUGCAUACAUGGCGUUCACAUUGAUAAACCGCUAUAUCCCACUCCAUCGCCUGAUUCUCUUUCGGAGGAACACCUUACACUAAUCAAUCAAACUGUCGCCAAGUAUGAGCUGUUAUUCUCUAAAAUUAAGGAAUGGAACUUGUCAAAUGUACAUCUUUUGAAACCUCUCGAGGGUACAAAGAUUGCAAAUGCACUUAAUCGUAAGCCAGGACCAUGGAUGGCUCCAGUCAUCGACAAAGCGCUCAUUUGGCAAUUAGAUAAUCCUACAAGAUCCAGAGAUGAGUGUCUACAAUAUAUCAUGUCUCUAUCUCUGAGCUCUUAG